UGUCGUGGUGGUCCAAUGGAAUCCUACUGAUGGGCCUAUUUUUCGCCGCCAGCGAAGCUUAUGGUCCACCGGUGCAUCCACGAUACGACUAUGUCGUUCAAGAUACAUAUUACAGAAGAGGUUCACCACCCUCAUACACAUCGCCACCACCAUCAUACACACCAUCAUACACUCCACCACCAUCAUCAACACCAACUUACGAGGAGCCAGAGCCGGUCCACUAUUGUCCCAAUGUCGCUGGUUUAGCCACGAGUUGCCGCCCUACUAAGGAUUGUUCAGUAUGGUAUGAUGAAGUUCUCGCCACGCCAUACACAGCUUGCAAAUUGAGUGAUGGAAGCGCAGGAUCCUGCUGUCCCGAUGUUCCCUAUAACUACAAGGGAACGCCAUUCAAGGAGCCUCCUGCCUGUGAGGGCGGAAUUGAAUUGGACGAUCAUGUUGGAUGUCUCGACGUAUUUUCUGUGAACGCAGCUGUUGACGCCGGUGAACUAGAGUUAAGAUUACACAAAGAAACAGCCAAGCGUCUCAAAGAUAACGACAUUGUCGUCAAAGCCGCUUCAGCCCGUGCUACACAUGCCCGUUUCUCCAACCCAUCAGAGCACGCUCGCCAAGUAAACACAGAAGCAUUCGUCGGUGUCCACACUGCCGUUGUUCUCGUUAAAAGAUUCAAGAUCAAAACCGAACAGGUUGGCUGCGCGUUGCACAAAUUCAAGCUGUCAGAAACCGAUCUGAAUCAAAAAUGUACCUCCGUAAGCAAGGCCCAUUGUAGUGAGGACAAAUUGAAUUCCACCUUCCGAAUGAUAGACGGUUCUUGUAACAACGAAAGACACUUCGUUUGGGGUCGUGCAGCCACUCAAUACCAUCGCAUGCUCGCUUCUGAUUAUGCUGAUGGUGUUUGGGCUCCCCGAAUCUCCAGAAGCGGUGCCGAACUUCCUAGUCCCCGUUUGGUAUCCACUACCUUGGUUCGUGAUGAAGACAAACCUAGUGAGUCGACGACAAUCUGGUUCAUGCAGUUCGGACAAUUUAUAGACCACGAUAUCGUCUCAACUCCAGAAAUGACGAACGAAGAUGGAACACCGGUUACCUGUUGCGGCGAAGAUGGAACACAUCUUCCGGACGCCGAUCGCAGUCACGGCAAAUGCCUUCCCAUCGACGUCCCUACGAACGAUCCAUUUUUCGCCAAAUUUGGCCGAACUUGCCUCCACUUUGUCCGAGCUAGCCUUGCGUGCAGGACCGAUCAUCAAUUGGGUCAUGCGGCGCAGCUCAACGACAACACCCAUUUCUUGGAUUUAUCGCUCGUUUAUGGCUCUAACGAUAAAACAGCAAGAGAGCUGCGGACAGGCGCGAACGGAGAACUGAAUGUCACGCUGAAACAGGGCAAAGGUUUCCACAAGUUUGACUUGCUACCUCAAAGCGAAGGUAGUCCUCUGCAAGCUCCUUGCACGUUACCCAGAGAACUGACAGGUGUUGAACCACCCCAAAAUGUCAGAUGCUUCAAAGCCGGCGAUGGCCGUCCUGACGUGACCCCCAAUAUGGCCACCUCGCAAAUUCUCUUCUUGCGAGAGCACAACAGGCUUGCAAAAGGAUUGGCAGAGUUGAAUCCAUCGUGGGAUGAUGAGCGCCUUUACCAGGAAGCCCGACGCAUUUUGAUUGCUCAAGCUCAGCACAUCACCUACAACGAAUGGCUACCUAUUCUUCUCGGUCGCACGAAAAUGGCCGAACUUGGCUUAUUGCCAUUGCAGAGUGGUUUCAGUACAGAUUACGACGAUCACCUCAAUCCCAGCAUCUUGAGCGAAUUCGUCGCCGGUGCCUUCCGUUUCGGUCACUCUAUGGUUCAAGGAAAGGCUUUAAUGGUCAACGAACAAAGGUCCAUUGAGAAAGAUAUCCUGUUACGUCAUCACUUUUUUAAACCGCAAACGCUCUACACUCCUGGAAAUCUUGAUAAAUACCUUAUCGGUUUGGCUACUCAACCCACUCAGAGAGUUGAUUUGUCAUUCACAAAAGAGCUCACUCAGCACUUGUUCGAAGAAGCAGGCAAGGGUUUCGGUUUGGAUAUCGUGGCUCUUAACAUUCAGCGUGGACGCGAUUUCGGACUUGGAAGCUAUAAUGAUUACCGAGAACUUUGCGGUGUCGGACGAGCCACACAUUUCGAUGGUCUUACCGAUUUAAUUGAUCCUGUGGUUAUCCAGCGUUUCAAAGAGGUGUACGCCACUGUGGACGAUAUUGACCUGUUUGUUGGAGGUGUUAGCGAGGCAAAAGCAGAAGGCGCUUACGUAGGCCCAACCUUCCAAUGUAUUCUGGCCGACCAGUUCUUGAAACUGAAGCGAGGAGAUCGUCACUUUUACGAUCUAGGUGGCCAACCCAGUUCAUUCACCGAGGAACAAUUGAACGAAAUCCGCAAGACAAGUUUAGCCCGCAUUGUUUGCGACAACAGCCAAGUUGAGGAGAUUCAACCAAUGGUUUUCAAGAUGCCAUCUACCAUCAAUCCUAUCGUGAGUUGCCAAUCUUCCGCCAUUCCUCGUAUGAGCCUCCUCCCAUGGCAAGAAGGUACUAAACCGAAGAGUGAUGGAUACUAUGGUGGAUAUUACUAGAAGGCUCAUUCUGAAAUUCCGAUUUUUGCUUGGCCAAAUGCUGAAACCGUUAACACUCAUGUCCUAGACUAGGAAAAUAUACAUUGAACAAAUCGGAA